AUGACUGAUAUGGAAGCCAGUUUGUACCAAUACUUCUUGGACCUCCCAAUGUGGCCAGAAUCUCGCUCUACAGUUCCUAGCUCAACUGCUUAUGGCAUAAAAGAAGCUUUGAAACUGAUUUAUGGCGAUCGAAUUCAUAUAAUAGGCCCUGAUAUUUCAAAUGGAAAAUCUCCCGCCUUCGAAGAUGAAACAUCAGGUGUCUUAUUUUACAUCUUAGCUAUAAAUCAGUCACUUAUGAGUGAUAGAUUUGCUCUUUUAAAGCCACUUGUUGCAUUUUGAGAAUCAAAAAUUUCAGAAUCAAAUUCAUUAUGGCAGAUGAUGGUGAUUCUUCCCAAAAAUCACACACUUAUUGAUGGAAAAGCUCUCCAAAGAGCUUCAGAAACUGUCUUUUUAAUAGACUCGUUCGGGCUAGGUUUGCAACUACCGAAACUUAUGAAAUAUUUGAUACAAACACAAAUCGUGAUUAGAGAGAAAGGCCCUACCUUGAAAUGUGGAGGCUUCUUUCCUAAUGUAAAUAUUGAAGAAAAAAGUCUUAAGCUUCAUGUGUAUCCUCAUGAAAGUGGAGUGUGGUCUAUUUUCAAUGCAAUUAUGCUGAUAUCAAGCGGAAGCACGGAGUUUUUAGAGCCCUUUAGUAAAUUUGACCCAUGCUUUAGUUUAAAGCUGAGUGCUAUUCUAGAUGAGCAUAAUAUCGAAUUAGGCAAGAGUCCAAAUGAUCUUCCUCAGCUGUAUUAUAGCUCAAGUGAUCUUGAUUUUGUGAAUGAGGGAAUCAGGAAUGCAUUGAUUGAUGAAAUCUUACACUGGGGAGUGUUUGAACAAGAAAUGGUAUACAUCCAAAGAUAUUUAAAUAUCAAUAAACUUUGCACUCUUUGGGAAUAUAAGCAAUCAGGCUCAUGAGUAGAGGCGCAAAAUUUUAUGAGAAGAAUAAAAGCUCCUCUGGAAGAAUUACAUAAAAAAUUUCAAUCUGAUGAUAUAUUUAGCACACCAUAUCGCAUACCAGAAAUUAAAAGUUUAACACCUCCAACACAUCAAUCAAUCAUGAGGGCUAAAUCUCAUGGUAAAUGGUUAUCUAAUUCCGAAAGCUUUAAAAAGGUAGUUAUGAAUAAAGAUUGUUAUAUUGAUAAAUCAUUACUCAUCAAAGAAAUUUUAAUUAAUGAUGACACCAAUAUACUCAUCUUACGUCCGCAAAAAUGGGGUAAAACUCUAAAUAUGAACAUGCUAAAAGCUUUUUUCCACCCAAAAAAGGAUGCUUUUGGGAAUUUUAAAAAUUUGUACUUGUUCACUGGUGGAAAAGAUAACAUUGAUGUUAACAACUUGGAUAAAACAAAAUGUUUAAAAAUAAUAACAGAAGAUAAUGGCGAUUAUUACAAAAAUUUUGCUGGGAAAAUUCCAACAAUUUUUCUAAAAUUCUCCAAAAUAAAAAAAUUAGGCAAUAACCCUGUGAAUGAAUUUUACCUCACUGAAUUUUCAAAAAUAAUCAAAAAAGCAUACUCGAAAUAUUACCCAGAGUAUUGCACAUUAUUGGAUGAGGUUAUCAAAAAUUAUGUUUCAAAGCAUCCAAAUAUUGUGAUAGAUUAUGAUAAUACAAACAUAUUAGAGCUUGAAAGUAUAAUCGAUGCAUAUAAAAUAACUUUACCAUUGCAUAUUCAAGAGUUUAGAGAUUGCAAAGAUAAUAAUAGUUCAUUAGAAAUGCUAUCAGAAGCUGUGCCUAAUCUUGCUAAAUUUGCUCAUAAAUUUUACAAGCAGAACGUAAUUAUUAUUGUGGAUGAUUAUGAUGCCCCUUUUAGUCGUGCAAUAAAUGCUCCUCACCAUAAUGAAGCAUUAGAAAUAAUAGAAAAUAUUCUGAACUCAAUAUGAACAGAUUUACCUAGUUUUGUUUUGAAAGUAAUUAUGGUAGGCAUUUUACCUAUUAAAGGGAUAGAAUUUUCAUAUAUGAACAAAUAUAAUACGUUUACAAUCAAAAAUAUAGAAUACUCCCAAUUUUUUGGCUUCACAGAAUCAGAGGUAAAUACUCUAAUAGAGCGAAACUUCCAGAGUAAUACAGAGGAGGAAAUGUUAGAGCAAAGAGAAUUAAUUAAGCUGUGAUACAACGGAUACAAUAUUAGUGGAGAAAAAAUUUACAAUCCAUUCUCAAUAAUGAGUUGUUUAAAAAAAGCAAAAUCUCAAGAUAGCAAUCCUCUCCAGUCUUAUUGAAUCUUUACUAAUGACCUUAAUCAACUGGCCUCAGCAUUUAAUGCCCUGCAAUCUUAUGAUAAAUUGUUUGAAUUAAUGAAAACUGGUUAUCUUGAAUUAUCAGAAGAAAUUUAUAACUAUAUAAAUUUGGCAUUAGAUUUAAACAGUACAAAUAUUUUUUUCGCACUAUUGCUGCAUGCUGGCUAUUUAACACCAUAUAGAGCAACUAAAAAGGAAAAGGAAAACCUUGCGAGCACUUGAAUCUAUGUAGUCCCUAAUAGAGAAAUAAAAAAGAGUUUUUACAACUCACUGCUUUUAGAGUGAAUUAAAAGAAAAAUAGGCUUAGGAAAAGUUGAUGUUGGUAGGAUUGUUGAGAAGUUUAACGCCACCUUAGAUGAUAAAACUGAAUUCAAAAAUCUUAUCCAAUCAAUGAUUCUUGAUAAGAUGACCGAUUACACUAGUAAAACAGAGGCAGACUUUCAAAUCUCACUAGGAGGAAUAGCGAUGAUGGCCUCAAUUAUGACAGAAGAUGCAAAUUAUACAUUACAUUCCGAAGCACCAAAUAUAUUUAGAAAGAAGACUGAUGGGAUUUUCAUACCUACUAAAUAUAAAAAAACUAGUGUUAUCAUUCAUGAAUACAAGAAACUUGAUACUGCUGAUGCUAAUUAUGUUAAAGAAAAAGCGGAGGAUGCCCUUUGGCAGAUCUAUGCGAAGCAGUAUAUGAAAAUUGCGUUAGAUUUGCGUGAUAGUGAUCAGCAUUACAAUUAUUUUGACAAAAUGAUAGUCCGUGGUAUUGUUUUCUUUAAAGCUCAAUAUAGUUAUAAAUGAAGUAUGCUGAUUAAAGAGCAUUCUUUCGACUUCAAUCUUGCUUCCAUUAUAAAUACAAAAUUUAGUUCAGCCAGCGGGGGAAUAUUGGCUGCAUCAGCCAAAUUAUGUGGAGAAAGUGGGUCUCAAAAUGAAAAAAUUGAAGAAAGAAGAUCUCUCGGUGCAGAAAGAAUUGGCGAUCUUAUCAAAAAUAUUGGUGGCGAUAGUUAUGGUUACAUUGAAGGAGAAGAAGGCUUAGUGAUGAAACGCAAGCUUGACUAUGAUGAAAUUGAACUAGGCAAAAAGCCAAAAUUAUACGAUAAAUAA